GGGAGGAAGGAACAGUUUGAAGAGCCAGGAGGAAGUUAGUGGAGCAGCUCAUAGAUGAGACAGAGGGAGGUUGGGAAGUGGAGGGUUAGAUCUGUUUCUGUUAAAGAAGCAAAACUUUUUUUUUUCUUUGGCAUUUUAAAUAUGAUUUUUUAGUUUUUUUCCUUCAUUUCUUUUGUUUUCAUCUAUUUAGACGUGGUUGAGAGGCCGUCAUGGAGCUGGAGCGUCUGGGAGGCACCGGGGUCAAACCUGAGCAGGGACCCAGCCGAGUGUACAAGAUCGCCUUGGCCAUGUGUGCGUGUCUGUGUGCGGCGCUGCUGCUCGCCCUCAUCCUGGUUGCCCAAAAAUCCAACCAGGAGGAGUUCUGCUUGACUCCAGAGUGCAUCGAGGCCGCCGGUUCCAUCCUGAGUAAAAUGGACGAGACUGUGGACCCCUGUGAGGACUUCUAUGGCUUCGCCUGUGGGGGGUGGCUGAAGGACAACCAGAUCCCUGAAGAGUCCUCAUCGUACGGAAUCUACCCCUGGCUGCGGCAACAAGUCGACCUCCGCCUCAAAGAGUUAAUGGAAGCUCCAUCGGAACCAGGCGAGCUGGAGGCCGUGACCAAAUCCAAGGUUCUGUACAGAUCGUGCAUGAACGAGACUCUUCUGGAGAAGCUGGACUCCGCUCCCAUGCUGAAGACUCUGAGGGAGCCUGAGUUCCGCUGGCCAGUGGUGGGUGAGGGUCUGGGGGGCGAGUACACGUGGUCGGAAGAUCAGUGGAGCCUCCUGAAGACCCUGGCUGAGAUGAGAAACCAGCACAGCAAGAGUGUCCUGGUCCGACUCUACGUCUCUCCGGACGACAAGAACUCCUCCAACUACAUCAUCAAGCUGGACCAGGCCUCCCUGUCUCUGCCCUCCAGAGAAGACUACAUCAGCAACACCUCGUCUGCAGAGGCGUACCGCGCCGCCUUGCUGAGCCUGAUGGUGGACACGGCCGUCAUGCUGGGUGCUCCGGAGAAGGCAGCUCUGACCCAGAUGGAGAAGGCUCUUGCCUUCGAGACCAAGAUCGCUCAUUUUCUGGUGCCGUAUGAAAACCGCACCAGCGAGAACAUGUACAACAGCUACACUCUGUCCCGCCUGCAGCGCUCCAUACCUCAGUUUGACUGGCUGGGUUUCGUGAAGUCUGUGGUGGAGUCGAAAAGCGACGCCGCUCGCUCCAUCUCCUCCUCUGAAGUCGUCAUCGUCCGCGUACCGCAGUACUUCAAAGACCUCUUCAAGCUCAUUAAUGCCACGGAGCCCAGGACUGUUGCCAACUACGUCCAGUGGAGAUCCGUCUUCUCCAGGAUCACCACCCUCAGCCGCCGCUUCCUCUACAGAUACCUGGACUUUGCGCGGGUCACCACGGGAACCACCUCGCUCACCCCGCGCUGGGACAAGUGCGUGAACUACGUGGAGAACUCGCUGAUGUACGCCACCGGCCGCCUCUUCGUGGACACGCACUUCCAGGAGGACAAGAAACACAUGAUGGAGGAGCUGAUUCAGGGCGUCCGCUGGGCUUUCAUCGACAUGCUGGAGAAGGAGAACGAGUGGAUGGAUGAACCCACGAAAAAGAAAGCCGUAGAAAAGGCUCACGCCGUCCUGCCCAAAGUGGGGUACCCGGAGUUCAUCCUCAACGACACCUUCCUCAACGAAGACUUGAAGCAGCUGCAGUUCAGCGAAGACGACUAUUUUGGGAACGUGAUGCAGAGCUUAAAAUUCGUGGCGCAGUGGGACCUGUCCUGGCUCAGGAAAAGCGUCCCACGGACGGAGUGGUUCACGAACCCCACCACUGUCAACGCCUUCUACAGCUCGUCGACCAAUCAGAUUCGAUUCCCUGCAGGAGAGCUUCAGAAACCCUUCUUUUGGGGGAAAGAGUAUCCAAGAGCCAUGAGUUACGGGGCCAUCGGGGUGAUCGUUGGCCACGAACUGACCCACGGCUUUGACAGCAACGGCCGCAAGUACGACAAGAACGGCAACCUGGGCCCGUGGUGGAGCAACGCCUCCGUCACCGCCUUCAACGACAAAGCCCAGUGCAUGAUCGACCAGUACAGCAGCUACUACUGGGAGGAGGCGGGGCUUAAUGUGAGAGGGAAGAGGACCCUCGCCGAAAACAUUGCAGACAACGGAGGAGUGAGGGAGGCGUUCAGGGCGUACAGGAAGUGGGUGGAGGAGAGCAGAGGGGGGGCGGAGGAGCCGCGGCUGCCUGGAGUUGGACUCAACAAUAACCAGCUGUUCUUCCUGAGCUACGCACAUGUGAGGUGCAACGCGUACAGACCUGAAGCAGCCAGGGACCAGAUCCAGAGUGGAGCCCACAGUCCCCCGAGAUACAGGGUCAUCGGAGCCAUGAGUAACUACGAGGAGUUCGCCCGAGUCUUCAGCUGCCCGGAGUCGUCUGUGAUGAACAGAGGUGCCCAGUCCUGCCGGGUGUGGUGAUCCGGUGACCUCAGCCACAUUCCAAAACUGGCCCGGGCCCAUCAGCGUGGAAGACUGAGCCGGAUUGAGCUGACUUGAACGAGUCUGGGCGGCUGUUUUUGUGGACCAGCAGCGCCUCACGAGUCCACAGCCUGAAGAGGCUGCGCUGUAACUGGAUGUUGAAUAUUUGCUGAGUCACCGUUUAUGAGCCAGAGCGCUGACAUGUUUAUCUUUUGGAAAUCGGUUGUGCGAUGACUUUUAUAGCCCGCCGGCGCUAACCCGAGUUCUGUCUGUUGGGGUUUCCUCCGAGCGCUCCUAUUUCCUCCCCAAAACAAAUCCAUGACUCUAAAUUGGUAUAAAUGCGAGCUGUCUAUCAAUGUGUCCCCGCCCACAGUAGCUGGGGCAGACUCCGCCCACUCGAGCAGCGGCGGUUAGAACAGGAAAAAUAACAAGUCGCCAGAAGAUCAACACUUUGGUGUCAAAAACAAUCAGCUAACUGAUGUGUGUCGCACUAAAAUCUAACGCAUGUACGUGUGUCCUUUUGAGGUGAAGAUGGUCUUUGCAUGAGUUUAAUGUUGUUUCCCUUUUGUCUGUAUAAUUAGCGUCUUUUCAAUUUAUGAUUUAGGAAAUGAAAAAAGCUAAACAUGUUGGAAACAUUUCUUGAAUGUAGCCAUGACGAUCCUGUUGAGCUAUGUUCAGGAUGAUCUGUUGAUGAACGACAUGCGCACAAAACUCGACAAGAAGUGUCAAUAUGUCUUCCUCUUACUCGUUUCAUUUGGGUUUUUUGUAUUUUUGAGAUGAAAGUUGUUUUUUUUUUGUUUUUUUUACUGAAGUAAAGACAGAACCACAGCGCGCGGCUCAUUUGUUAAUGUUCGACUGUAAGUUUUCUUUUGUGUUGUGUCUGUAAAAGUGUUUCCUGCAGCGCGUGUGACUCGAAAUCCUGACUUGAAAGAGGACUUGUCCAUGAACGUGAAGACUGCCAUGGUAAGUUUUCCACACAAAUCGUUGUUGUUCGUCCAGCGCUGUCAGGUGAUUUCCAUCGAUCGAUUCUACUGCGGCCCACUUUUCAAGUGAAAUCCUCGCUGCAGUUUUAUCUUCUUUGUGUGACGUUUUCGCUCGCGGCAAAAUCAUCUCAGAGAAUUGCAAUUGAUGGGAUCAUGUUUGAGAGGCUGCGUCUUGGCCGUACUUGUCGCCUCAGCGUCUCAUUGUUUAGAGAAGCGACUGUCCCUACUGGGCUCAACAUCUGGGUGGCACGGAAACAUCUGGGUGCUCUCUGCCUCACUUCCGUUUCCCUCUUCUUAUUGAGAUAAAUGGAAGACAACAGACGAAAAACCAAGCACGACUGUGUGGAAGAGUCCGUGGGACUGAGCUCCAACCGUGUUGAAUCUUAGAUCUGAGGUACUCGAAGUAAGUACUGUAGUUUCAUUCAAGACUGUGCGUCACUAUAUUGUUUACAACUUCAUCUCAGACGACAGUUCCGUUCUACCCACACGUGUGAGACGUCUCCUGUCCGUUGUUGAUUUUUCUGGACCAGAUAUACAAAAGCUAAACAAGUUGGAAAGAUUUCUUGAAUGUAGCCAUUAGCAUGACAAUCCUGUUGAGCUACGUGCAGGAUGAUCUGUGGAUGAAGGACAUGCGCACAAAACCCGACAAAAAGUGUCAAUAUUUGUUGGGUUUUUUUUGUAUUUUUGAGGUGAAAUUUGUUAAUGUUCAACUGUAUGUUUUCCUUUGUGUUGUGUCUGUAAACGUGUUUCCUGCAGCAUGUGCCUCUAAAUCCUGACUUGAAAGAGGACUGAGCUCCAACCAUGUUGAGUCUUAGAUCUGAGGCACUCGUAAAAAGCAGUUUCACCCAAGACCGUGCGUCAUGAUGUUGUUUACAACUUUGUCUCAGACGACAAUUCCGCUCUACACACACGUGUGAGACGUCUCCCGUCCCUUAUUGAUUUGUCUGCACCACGUAUUCCACACCCCAUCGUACUCCUCUCUUUAAUGUCACUGGUUCCCAUGGCAACUUCUUCUCACAGACGCUGCGCCUCCUAGUCUUCGGUGUCGUCUGCCAGGUCGGGGGUAGUAUUAAUGAUUUGUAUCUCCAGCAACACCAGCGCUGCCUCAUCGAUUAACACUCAUCGGGGUGCGGUGCGUAACAGCACUGUGUGUUCGCAGCGUGCGUCCUGACCCUUCCUGUCCAUCAUAUAGAAUCAAUGGCAGCUGUGAUGUGCUCACAAUCGAGCCGUGUUCACGGCAGCAUUCCUUCAGGUGCUCUUCACUCCUGCUCUUGAGAUGGUUCCGUGACUGCACUUUGGUCUCUGACACAGAAGACAUUCAUGGUCGCUGGGAUUUUGACCCCCAUGUUGAGCUUUUCCCAGCACAUGGGGAGUUUUUGGCGCAUUUGUUGGGACUGUACAAUGCUUUUAUCCCCUCCCAGCCCCCUACAAUAACAUACCUGUCAACCUCUGCUGAUAAAGCGGUGCGAUUCCCCUUAUACAUUGAAAAGAA